AUGGCUACAAUGGCGUGGACCAAGGUCGUAAUUCUUCUUCCUCUCUUUUGGCUGCAGCUCGCUUGUGUACAUUCCUAUAACAUUGACAAAUCAUGCGAUUCGAUCAAAUCCAAGUUGGAAACGGCCGUCCAAAAAUCGAUGGCCCUGGCUAAACUUUCCUUUGACGAAUUGGGCGAAGAUGACCCAAAUGUCAAGGAGCUUAGAGGGUGGUUCUUCCUCGACAAGAAUAUUGAUCAAGUGAAAAUGGUCUAUCACAACGUGCAAGAGUUCGGAACACUCAACAAAGCCGACGCGGAUGGUGUGAUGCAACCAACCAUCUACUGUGACCUUUCCCGAUAUGAAGAGACAACGAGGAAGACGAAAGAUGGAAAGGACGAGCCAGCCCUCUUUGACAAGGAGAGAAAAACAGUCUCGGGUUUGAGCAAAGAGUAUAAAGGUUGCAAGACUGGCGACACAGUGGCCUACAGGAGCAAAACUGAAAGGUUGACGGAUAAGAAGAUACUUCACAACGAUAUUCAAAUCUGCCCUUGGUAUCUUGCUGUCCUUGGCCACUCACCUUUUACAACCCUCGAUAACCUUCCUGAUCGCACGGGCAAGCCAAGCUAUGAUCCUACUCGGGCUUUCUCUAACAGUGAGCCUAAGGCAAAUGUAUUUGCUAGUCGGCUCGACGUUGUUCUAUUACACGAGUUUACACAUGCAUUGCCGGACUAUGCGGGAUCCACCUUGGAUCAUGCUUAUAAGUGGACUGACUGCACCGCUGUAGGGAAUAGGGAAGUAGGGUGCAUGAAUGCGGAUUCAUAUUCGUUAUUCGCCACAGGCGUGGAUAUGAUCAAGGUCCGCGGGUUCAAAUUUACCAAGGAGGGGGGUGCUCAGAAGAUCAACAAGGCGACAAAGCGAGCUGAACAAUUGGUUAUGAAGCCUUGGAAUGCGUGA